GCAUCCCCGCCGCGAUGCUGCUGCGGCUCGUGGUGCUGCUGGGCGCCUGCCCGGGGCUCUCGCGCUGCCUCGGCUCCUUCGUGCAGUGCGAGCCGUGCGACGGCAAGGCGCUCUCGCUGUGCCCGCCGCCGCCGCUGGGCUGCGAGCUCGUCAAGGAGCCGGGCUGCGGCUGCUGCCUCACGUGCGCGCUGCCCGCCGGGCAGCCCUGCGGCGUCUACACGGAGCGCUGCGCGCGCGGGCUGCGCUGCCUGCCGCGCCAGGGCGAGGAGAAGCCGCUGCACGCGCUGCUGCACGGCACCGCCGUCUGCCUCAGCGAGAAGAGCUACCGCGAGCAGGCCAAGACGGAAAGGGAAUCCCGAGAGCACGAGGAGCCGACCACGUCAGAGAUGACAGAAGAGACCUACCCACCCAAGGCCUACCGGCCCAAGCCUGGGCGCCUCUCCGAGCUCAAAGCUGAGGCCCUGAAGAAGGACCGUCGGAAGAAGCUGACCCUGGCCAAGUUUGUGGGCAUGGCAGAGAACACAGCGCACCCCCGUGUUGUCAUCCCCGAGCUCCGGCAAGAGUUUGAGCUGGGCCCUUGCCGCAGGCACAUGGAGGCCUCCCUGCAGGAGCUCAAAAGCAGCCAACGGAUGGUCCCUCGGGCUGUUCACCUCCCAAACUGCGACAGAAAGGGCUUCUACAAGCGGAAGCAGUGCAAGCCAUCCCGAGGCCGGAAGCGUGGCUUGUGUUGGUGCGUGGACAAAUACGGCAUGAAGCUGCCGGGGACUGAUUACCUGAGCGGAGACCUGCAGUGCCAUGCGUUCGACAGCAGCAACGUGGAGUGAACGUGCACCCUGUCCCUCUGCCCCGUCACUAUCCCAGGCUCCCUUCCACCCUCCCCUCCGCACCUCCCUGCGCCCCAGGACUCCGAUUCCUUUCAUCUCAUGUAAGAAAGAAAAAGAAAAAAGAAAAGAAAAGAAAAGAAAAGAAAAGAAAAGAAAAGAAAAGAAAAGAAA